AUGGUAUCCCAUGUUUCGAAGCAAGUUAAGGCUGAGCACCAACUUCCUUCUGGUUUGCUUCAACCCGUUAAGAUUCCAUUGUGGAAAUGGGAACAUACCUACUAUUCUUUACAAAAGUUGGCAAAACGUUACGGUGCCGAGAUAAUUAGGCAUCAUAGGGUUCCGAUAUCAAUUAUUUUAGAUCUGGAUCUUCGGAUUACUUCUCAGUUUUGGAAGAAAUUACAUGAUGCUCAGGGUACUAGAUUGGACUUCAGUACAACAUUUUAUCUGCAGACUGAUGGUAAGCCUAAUAGGAUGGCACCGUAUGAGGCCUUGUAUGGUUGGAAGUGUUGUACUCUGCUUUGUUGGAUCGAGUUGGGUGAACGGAAGAUUUUGGGUCCUGCGUUAGUGGCAGAGACUGAAGAUAAGGUGUCUCCGUGGAAAAAGGUUCUCAGAUUUGGUCAUAAGGGAAAGUUAAGCCCUAGAUUCAUCCGGCCGUAUUGGAUUUUGAGGUGUGUGGACCGAGUUGCUUAUCAAUUAGAGCUACCUCUGGAGUUGGAUCGCAUCCAUGAUGUUUUUUAUUUGUCCAUGUUGAGGCGUUAUCAAUCUGAUCCUUCUCAUGUGGUUCUAAUGGAGGAAAUUGAGUUGAUGUUGGAUUUGUCUUUUAAGGAGGAGUCGAUACAGAUUCUGGAUGGUGAGGUUAAGGUUGCUGACAAGAAUGAGCCUACUGGUUCAGUGAUAAGGCUUUAG